AUGAGAGGAAAAAAAGAAAAGGUAGAAACAGAAGGAGCAGACGCAGUGCCAAAUGAUUGUUUGCUUGUUUCUUCUUUUUCAAUCCUCUUCUCUUUCUUUUCUAAAAGCUGUCUCAGCUACAUGGAGCCACAGAAUCUUACAAGUGUCUCAGAAUUCUUCUUGUUAGGCCUCUCAGAGGACCCGGGACUGCAGCCUGUUCUCUUGGGGAUGUUCCUGUCCACGUACAUGGUCACUGUACUUGGUAACCUGCUCAUCAUCCUGGCCGUCAGCUGUGACUCUCACCUUCACACCCCUAUGUACUUCUUCCUUUCCAGUCUGUCCUUGGCUGACAUUGGUUUCACUUCCACCACAGUCCCAAAGCUGAUUGCAGACAUCCAAACUCACAGUAGAGUCAUCGCCUAUGCAGGAUGCCUGACUCAGAUGUCUUUUUUUAUGCUUUUUGGAUGUUUGGACAGUCUGCUCCUGACUGCAAUGGCCUAUGACCGGUUUGUAGCUAUUUGUCACCCUCUGCACUACCGGAUCAUCAUGAACCCCCGCCUAUGUGGUUUGCUGGUUUUGGUGUCCAUUUCCAUCAGCCUUUUGGUCUCCCAACUGCACAAUUCAGUGGUGUUACAAGUUACCUACUUCAAGAAUGUGGAAAUUGCUCAUUUCUUUUGUGACCCUUCUCAACUCCUCAACCUUGCCUGUUCUGACACAUUCACCAAUAACAUAGUAAUGUACAUUGUUGGUGCCAUGUCUGGUUUUCUUCCAAUUUCAGGGAUCCUUUUCUCUUAUUCUAAAAUUGUCUCCUCCAUUUUAAGAGUCCCAUCAUCAAGUGGGAAGUAUAAAGCAUUUUCCACCUGUGGCUCUCAUCUUUCAGUUGUUUGCUUAUUUUAUGGAACAGGCCUUGGAGUGUACCUCAGUUCUGCUGUCUCUUCUUCCCCCAGGAAAGGUGCAGUGGCCUCAGUGGCAUACACUGUGGUCACUCCCAUGCUGAACCCUUUCAUCUACAGCCUGAGGAACAGGGACAUCAAGAGAGCCCUGUGGAGACUCCUCAGCACCGCAGCCUAA